AUGCACCAAAUCACUGAUCAGGCAGUAAGUCUAAACAAAGAGAUAACUCAAUAUUACGGGAAAUGGCCAUUUUAUUGUCUUUGGGAAAUUCAGGAAUCUACUAGCAUACUAUUUAGUAUUUUAAAUGUUGGAUAUGGUCUUUUGUAUAUCAUAUGCGUAACUUCCCCACGAGCGAAGAUGCGAAACACUAAAUAUACGACCAUAUGGACAUUGAUCUGUUUAUUGGCUUUCUCUGCACAUGUUUCAUACCUACACUUCUUCAAAUUUGACUACGAAUACAACAUUAUCGCCAAUAUUGGCAUCAGCUUGCUGAACAAUCUCAUCUGGGUUGGGUGGUCACUAACACAUUGGCAUAGAAGACCGGACGAUUAUUGGAAGCCUCUUGUGAUAGUUGCUUUAAUUAUAAUUACCACUUCAUUGGAAGUAUUUGAUUUCCCUUCUUGGUGGCGAAUCUUUGAUGCAUAUUCUUUGUGGCACGCUAGCACUAUCUAUAUAAUUGCUUCUUGGUACAAGUUCAUACUGGAGGAUGCAAGGAUCGAGAGUUUUCGUAAAAAUAAAGGAAAGAAGAUUGACAAGUAA